AUGCUCCUCAACACCCUGUCCACCACAGCGGCCCUUGCCCUCGCCCUCGCCCUCCCCGCAAGCGCCGCUCCAACAUCACAAAUAUCCAAGCGCGCCGCAGCCAACGACCUCAGCCUAACCGCCCAGCUCAAGCUCGCCUCCACGGCCACCGAGCGCUUCGCCCUCCUCCCCAACGACUCAGACUUUAUCUUCGACUUCACCACCGCGCAGACCCCCAUCGCCACAAGCCAGAACUUCCCCCCGCUCGUCGGCACCGGCCUCUCCUUCAACAUGGGCUCACUGCCCGCAUGCAGCAUGUCCUUCGUGCACCUUCAUCCACGGGCAACGGAGCUGUUAACGCUCACAUCGGGCCAUGUUUUGACGGAGAUGAUUCCCGAGGCGGGCGUGGUGGAUGCCGAGGGGAAGGCGCGGGUCAUCAAGACGAGUUUGACGGCGGGGCAGAUGACGGUUUUCCCGCAGGGGAGUUUCCAUACGCAGGUGAAUCCGGAGUGUGAGGUUGCGAAUUUCACGGCGGCGUUUAAUAGUGAGGAGUUUGCGGUGGGGAUGGUUGCGAGGCAGAUGUUUGGGUUUGGGGAUGAUGUUGUUGCGGCGAGUUUUGGGGGGGUCAUUGCCGGGGAGGAUAUUGAGAAGGUUCGACAGGCGAUUCCGGAGAGUUUGGCAAUUGAGGUUGAGGGGUGUCUGAGCAAGUGUGGGAUUGAGAAGAGGUGA